AUGAGCACUCUGAUCCCUGAAUUUACCUUACCGAAAGAUUUCUGCGCCGACGCCCGCGAGGCUACACCAUUCCGCCCGGUUCUAUACCCACCAGGCGGCGUUCGAGCACGAAAAGAGCAGGUGUUCGCCACCAGCUGGAUUUGCGUGGCGCACCGCAGCGAGCUCGCCGAACCGAACGACUACAUCACCCGCGAGAUCAUCGGUGAAAACAUUCUGGUGGUGCGUGGCCGCGACAAAGUGCUGCGCGCCUUUAACAACGUCUGCCCGCACCGCGGCCACCAGCUGCUGGCGGGCGACGGCCGGGCGAAAAACGUCAUCACCUGCCCUUAUCACGCCUGGGCGUUCAAGCUGGACGGCGAACUGGCGCACGCGCGCAACUGCGAAAACGUGCAGAACUUCGAUAAGGAAAACUCGCACCUGAUGCCGGUGCGGGUCGAAGAGUACGCCGGGUUUAUUUACGUCAAUCUGGACUCGCAGGCCGGCACGGUGGAAGACCAGCUGCGGGCCUCGGCGCCAAAGUGCGCGAAGCCUGCCACGGUCGACGAUCUCAAGCUGGCGGCGCGCUUCGUCACCCGUACCCCGGCCAACUGGAAGAACAUCGUCGACAACUAUCUCGAGUGCUACCACUGCGGCCCGGCGCACCCCGGCUUCGCCGACUCGGUGCAGGUCGACCGCUUGCACACCCUGCACGGCAACUGGACGCUGCAGUUCGGCUACGCCCGCCCUUCCGAGCAGUCGUUCAAGUUUGAAGAGGGAAAAGAAGCCAGCUUCCACGGCAUUUGGCUGUGGCCGUGCACCAUGUUCAACAUGCCGCCUGAAGGCAUGAUGACGGUGAUCUAUGAAUUCCCGGUCGAUGCAGAAACCCUGCAGCACUACGACAUCUACUUCACCAACGCCGAUUUGAGCGACGAGCCUCAACUGAUCGACUGGUACCGCGACGUGUUCCGCCCGGAAGAUUUGCGGCUGGUGGAGAGCGUGCAAAAAGGCCUCAAAUCGCGCGGCUAUCGCGGCCAGGGGCGUAUCAUGGCCGACGGCGCCGGCAGCGGCGUCAGCGAACACGGCAUCGCCCACUUCCACAACCUGCUGGCGCAGGUUUAUCAACCCUGA